CGGGGUCGCGUUUCCGGUGCCGGUGGCAGCAGAAGGAGUUGAAGCCCAAGUAGCUGGAUUGGUGCGUGUUUCAUUCCAGCUGUAGCACAUUUCAACAGUCUGGCUUGCAGUAGGACAGCAGGAUCCCAGUGGAGAUUGAGACCAUGGCCAAUAGCGAGCGCACCUUCAUUGCCAUCAAGCCUGAUGGAGUCCAGCGUGGCCUUGUGGGAGAGAUCAUCAAGCGUUUUGAGCAGAAGGGAUUCCGCCUUGUUGCCAUGAAAUUCAUGCAGGCUUCUGAAGACCUUCUCAAGGAGCACUAUAUUGACCUGAAGGACCGUCCAUUCUUUGCUGGCCUGGUGAAAUACAUGCACUCAGGGCCAGUGGUUGCCAUGGUCUGGGAGGGGCUGAAUAUUGUGAAGACAGGUCGAGUGAUGCUUGGGGAGACCAACCCUGCAGACUCCAAGCCUGGGACCAUCCGUGGGGACUUCUGCAUCCAAGUUGGCAGGAACAUUAUCCAUGGCAGUGAUUCUGUGGAGAGUGCAGAGAAGGAGAUUGCCUUGUGGUUUCACCCUGAGGAACUGGUGAAUUACAAGAGCUGUGCUCAGAACUGGAUCUACGAGUGACAUGGAAGCAGACCACAGUGCUUGUCCCACCCCAGUUCCCCUCCCUGUCAUGGGCAGGGGCCAGGUCAUAGCAAAUCUAGUUAUUUCUGAGAACUUGCUUUUCAUCUGGAGGGAGGCUCUUGGAGCUGUGGGUGCUCCCUGUACAGUGUUAUGUGCUGUCUAUCAUCAGAUGGAAAUGUUUCAUCUCAAGGAAGGAGUCAUUGAGUAAGGUACUUUGUAUUGUUGUAUUGCUUUGUAUUCUUUUUUCUUUUUCAUGUAUUCUGGCUAACCUAAGCUAAUAGAGAGUGUAAAUACUAUAUAAAUUAUAUUGGCCUGAGAGAUCACACAUACACACACAUUCUUUGCCUGUCCCUCUCUUCCCCCUGCAUUCCACCCACUCUUGGCAUUGAGCCAGUCAACAGCUAUCUGUCAGGGAUCUGCUAGGUUGCCAAGACUGUCCUAUGCAUCGAAGAUUCCCUGGAAAUAAAAGAUACCCUUCCUGCUCUUGAGAAGCUCUCAGGGAUUCAGUGGUUGGGGGAGUGUGAGAAGUUGUAACUACUCCAAAGCAAAAAAGCUAUGUGGAUAGUGGGCCUGGAUUUCUGGGAUGACCUCAAAAGAAGCAGAAGAUAUCUUGUAAGUAGUUUUGAUUUGUUAGGAUAUUGAUUUGGUUGCUUUAAUAGAGACAAGAUGGAAAUUUACUUAUCAUUUACUUAAAAGUUCAAACUGGAGAUCUGAUGUAGAUCACUGUGACUAUAGUUAACAAUACUGUACUAUAUAUUUGAAAUUUGCUAAGAGGGUAGAUCUGUGUUCUCAUCACAAGAGAGAGAGAGAGAGAGAGAGAGGGAGGGGAAGGGAGGGAGGGAAGGAAGGAAGGAAGAGAGAGAAAGAAAGGUAGAUAGAAAGAAGGAAAGGAAAUGGUAACUGUAGGAAGCCAUUGUUAUGUUAAUUAGCUUGAUUGUAUUAGCUUGCAGCUAGAUACAGCCACAGGACUAAGUUCUGGCCAAAGAGACACGAAAAAGUGAAGGUGGUAAAUUCAAGGUUGUACCCUGAAAAGGAAGGGAUAAUCAUACUUCCCUUCCCAACUUGCUGGAAGGCGGAUAUAGGGGUGGUAACCAUCUUGGAUUGGUUGGAGGGAACUGAAUCUCUGGACCAUCUCAAGGAUCAGAGCCUUACCACCAUCACCACUUCUAUGUACCGUACGUACCUGCCUAGAUGUUUUUCACCCAGUUUUAAUGAGAUGUAAUUGACAAAUAAAAUUGUAAGAUAUUUAAAAUAUACAA